GUAAUUUGUCUAAUAUGAAUGAGAAGGCACUAUUGUAUUGUCUGUGGUAUUAUCAAAUUUUUAUAGAGCAGCAGUCGUAGUUUACUAUUGCGGAGUGCUGGAGCCGCAGCCGAAGAAAACACAGAUAUUCAAAAUGCGGCCAGUACUAGCAAUGACAUGUGUCAUUGCAGUCGUGUUAUCCGGCGCGAUGAGAAAGAAAAAAACUGUGUUUCAAAAAGAGCAACAGAUAUUCUCUUCAAAAUUCAACAUAACUCAUCUAACUGUUCCUUUUGAGAAUAGUAAUUUUGUAACAACGGAAGUCAAGGACAUGCCAACGAUAUUUUUUACAGUUUCCGAUCCAAAUCUAGAAGGAGGGAGUUGCAUUUAUGUUCUUGAAGGAUUUGCGGCCUACGAAAUCCUUGAAGGUGGCAGAGACACUACUACAGGUUAUGGUUCAGAUCCCACAGUUUAUUUUGGUUCUAACAAAGGCAUUUACAAAUACAUACCUGAAUCUCUUGGCGUUAUGAAAUUCGGAUCAUUUCAUGAUGAUAUCAAACAAAUUCAAAAAGCAAAAGACAUUGAUGUAAUUUACACAUUAAACAGUGACAAUAAGAUUUAUAAAGUUGAAAAUAAUGGGACUGUAAGGAAAAGAGUAAGUGACAUUUUGUGUGCGACAGAAUUCGUGUUAGACACAUCGAAUAAUAUUUAUUACUUAGAUUGCGAUGACGGUAUGCCUAGAAUUCAAAGACAAGACGGAACAUCUUUAGGAUUCGUGUCCACUCUUUUCCAUGAACACGUAAAGACUAUAAAAUUGAUAAGACCAGCUUUCAUUAUGGAAGAAUCUAUACCAUUUUUUGGAGAUAAAGGCCUGUAUUUUCUUUAUUCGAAUGGAACAUGUGAAAAGCUAGAUUUUCAUUUGGACGAGGUCCCUUCGGCAUUUAGCGUGGAUUCAGCUUUGUACAUCGUAGCGGCCAUGGACGGGAAGUUAUACGAAUUUAAUGUGAUGGACAUGAUUCUAGGAUCAAUGUUUGGUGUUUCCUCAGAAUGGCCCUCAGAUAUUGCUACAGUAGUGCUGGCUUUUGUAGAAACAACAAGAAAGCAUCUAGGUCUCAGCCUACCGAGCAGAUCUAAAGCGUGAAAAUUUGUUUAUUAGUUUAUUUGUGCAACUAAGUAAUAGUAUUUACUAAUAACUACAUGUAGUAUGGGUGAUAGAAUGGAUAAUGCCUUGGAAUGUAGUAUUUUUUAUGCAGUAAGGCUGAAUAUAUAAAUGAAAGCUUCGGUAUUUGAUACGUACGAGUACUCAGAGCAAGCAAGACAUUCAUUAUAAUAAACGAAAGUUUUAGAUUAUUGAUACAGUACCAUCUUUCAUUUUAGUAGGCACUUUGUACAUACCUCAAGUUCCGAAACCUCUUUGCAUAAUACAUAUUUAAUUGUUAAUAACUGUUUCAGAGUUACCGUUAUAGUUACCAUAAGUUAAUUUGUAAAUAUUAUGUUUGAUAACAAUGUCAAAUCCAAAUAAUAAAAGUCACUAUGGUGUCAAACUAUUUAUUUCUUACAGUCUUUAACCGUGUUUUGGCUUUUGACGUAGAGUGCCCCUCGACCGAGAAGCAACUUCUUUCAUGGUUUCCACAUUAUCUUCAAAAUAUUCCUUAACCUCGUCAAUCAAACCACUCAGUAUUAUCUGUAAUAUAUUAUAUUCGUAUAUCUUCUUCUCAUAAGCAUAAAAAUGAAUAAGUGUCCCUUCCAUUGCGUAACCGGAGGGUUUAUUUUUGAUUACGAAGUCGCUUAGUUCAGAUGUUCCAUUGGCAUAUACCAAGUAUACCUGAUCAUCUAAGACUAGAGGCACAGAAUC